AUGGCGCCCAGGCGCGGAGCGUGGCUCCUGGCGCUGGGCCUUGCCGCCUACCAAGGUUUUGCCUUCCUCGCGCCCACGGUUCCCAGCCGCGCCCCGACCGGCCUCGCCCGUGGUUUCGGCCGAUGCCCUCAGCAAAGAGCCGCCUCUGCGACGCAGAGGCAGCUGGUGCCAGGCGCCGGCGAGGCACUUGCCACCAUCUUGGUGAGCGAGAUGGGGGACAAGACCUUCUUCCUCACCAUGGUCCUGGCCAUGCGCAAGAGCCGGAGGUUGGAUGUGAGCCGGAACGAUCGGCCUGCUUUGCCUCUGGCCUGGGUUCACUUUCCGAAGUGCGGCAGCUCCUUCUUGAACAUGCUGAUCCACCAGCCGGAUUUCUGCGACGUCGCUCCGGGCUUCUCCGUGGACGAGGACAACUUCGGAACCUGCUUCAGCUUCAACUUCAACGAUGUGUGUGAGGACCUCUGCGACACCCAGCGGUUGCGAUGCCAGCCAGUUGUGCACGAGUGCAUUGGGAGCCAAUAUACGGAGCUGAAAGGCCACAUGGUGGGAAUGUUUCGGCAGCCCGAGCAGCGCAUUCUCUCUGCAUACCACGACGAGCAACACAACUGGCUGGUGGAGGGUGAUUGCGAGGAAAAAGCUGCACCGAAGCCAGCGCUCCCAAUCUUCGCAGAGCUCUUUGGCGGCACCGUCACGUACCAACUCACCGGCGAAGGUUAUGCCGGAGACCACAAGCUGCCGCUGCUGCCUGACCUGCCCGUGCGCACGCGGGCCAUGGCAGAGGAGGCGGUCAGGCGGGUGUCGGGCUUCGCCUUUGUGGGCAUCACGGAUGAAUGGGAUUUGUCCGUCUGCCUCUUCCACGCGACGUUCGGCACCAAAUGCCGCGCUUUGGACUUCUUGGACGUGAGGCCGGGGACCAGCGAGGCGGAAGUCUACGACACCGCGCCGCUGCGAGGCUAUCGAGACGAGCUGGACGGCAUGGUGUAUCAGGAGGCGCUGCGGAUCUUCCAGGCGAACCUGCUGAAGUACAAUGUGUCAAUGGACUCAUGCCAGCGCUGCUUUAAUGAGGCUCAGGGCGUAUGA